AAAAAACUCACCAUUCAAUAUGUGUCUUUGUAAUAAUCCACAGUGAAGAGCCAAACAUUGUUGAAAAUGAUCAGUCUCUCACUGUUACUGUGCUGCCUCUUUUGUUUGCCAUUCAGUUGCUCUGCUCAGGACUGUUUGAACCACUCAACUUUCAGAGCUCCCUCAAACUCGGACAUCAAUGUGAAAUGUGGCUCUCAAAUGGUGGAGUUGACUAUUUUACUUUGCCCUGUCUACUUUUCUGGGUAUAAUGAGUCUACAAUGGUACUCAAUGGUCAACAACGCAGUUUGUUAUGCCCAUGGUUUGCGGAUUGGUCCAUGGAUCCACCUGUUCUAAAGUACAACUUGUCCAUAGCUGACAUCACAAGCUGUGGUGGCACCUCAGUGAUAAAAGAAGAGGUGGGUUCCGGGAUUUUUUCUGAAUACUCCAAAGUGGAAUACAUAUAUCUGACUGGAAUCAUCACCUCAAUGGACAUCUUUGACGGAACCAUAACCUACAAACAGGAACUGAAGUACAUCUAUUCCUGCCAAUACCCCUUACAGUACAUGAUCAACAACACUCAAAUGAACGUGACAGGAAUAAGUAUUGCAGUAAAGGACAACAAUGGAUCCUUCAUCAGCACUCUGAGCAUUCAACUUUAUGAGAGCCGAAACUAUGUGAGUAAGCUGAUUAUUCCAACAAGUGGCUUACAGCUGAAAAAAAGAAUUUUUGUUGAAGUAAAAGCAACAAAUCUGACUGACAGGUUUAAUGUUUUGCUGGAUCGCUGCUUUGCCUCUACCCAGUCCUUUCCUCGUAACAGUUCCUAUUAUGAUCUCUUUGUUGGCUGCAGCAAGGAUGGACAGACAGUGAUAGAAAUCAAUGGUCAACAACAGGUGGCCCGCUUUUCAUUUGAGGCCUUCCGAUUCAUGGAGCACAAAAACCUCACUGUUUCCACCUUCUACCUGCACUGCAUCACCAGACUUUGCGAAAAGUCAGCUUGCAGUUUAUUCCGACAGAACUGCACAGCAAAGCGCCGGAGGAGAGAAGUAGAUCCAGCUCAGACAGGAACUCUCACUGAUACUGCAACCGUGAGCUCAGGUCCAAUCUACACCAUGGUGGAAAGCGUUAUUCCCGCAAGUGUCUCUUCAAAAGCUGCACCAGAAGUGGAGCUGAACAGCAUUGCCGCUGGAUUGGGCACUGUGGUCUUAAUUCUGACAGCAAUCUGCAUUGGACUAAUUGUCUUCAUGUUCCUCUAUAAUCGUCGAUCAGGAAAGAAAGCGUUGCCAUGAUACAGAGGGCCUCGUUCAUGAAACGUUCAUAGAUGAGAGUGAAAAUAUGAGUGUAAGAAUGAUUUCAUUCCAGGGUUAUCAGACACACAUUGAUUAUUGAAACUCAUUAUAUCAUGUACCUGAUAUAAUAAACCUCACUGAAUUAUAGGCUAGGUUUGUAGGCAGAUCUCUAGAGCAAUUAAUAUACAAUUACUGUACAUCUGAAAGCCAAUUUAUACAUUGAGGAUGCUCCUUUAAAGCUGAAUUUACCAUGAAAGACAAUGGAAGGCAUGGAAAUUUCACACAGUUUGAUUUGUAGGUUUGUAUUAAAAAGAUGAAGUUUUGGAAAAUGAUUUUUUUAGCAGUGCCAUGUUAUGUGGAAGUAAAUAGUGGAAUAAGUACGUCUUUCCCAAAUGUCUGUUUAAUAUUUUGGCCGAGAAGCUACACCGUUUGGGUUAUAAACUGCAAGGUUACAAGUUC